AUGCCAGCCGAGCCGUCCCAGCAGACUCGGAAGCCUGACUAUUGUGACGACCGCUACUUCGAUGAAAAGAUGGAUCUGGCCAGACCGGUUGACGUCCCCGAACUGGACCGUGACGAGAUGGGUGUUGAUUUUGUGCUAGCUACGGAUGGGACAAAGUGGAAGAGGUAUCGGUUCUCCUCCGUUCCGGUGGGCCAGACAUUUCUCGCUCAUCAACGGGCAAACAUACGAGACGGUACUGGCCCAAGGAUGGGACAGUCGGUGGCGGGUUCAAUGGCAGUAGGAUACAAGCAUAUCGGCAUAGCUCUACAACAUACUCAUCUCACGGAGACGACCGUCGCGAUGGCCGCACACGCCGCAGAGUCAACAAUUCCCACACAGCCGCUCUGGUUCUUCGUGUUGCAGUUACUACAUGACGGCGAUCAGGAUGCUGUCCAGCCCUCCAACGUACUACCGUGCGGCUUCUGGUCGUUGGAAGAGCACCCUGCAUCCAUCCCGGAGGACAUUAUCCUCGAUCCCACACCACAGUUUGAGCGCAUCGGCAAGCAUACGGUAGCUCCCUUGUCCACUUGGAAACAGAUGCUCGGAGAUCUUUCCUUUACUAUCCAAACGAAAAUGUACACUUAUAUUCUAGGGCUUGGCAACGACGAGAUGUUGGUUCUCAGGGAACUUCAAAAGCACCAUGACUUCACCAGCGAUUCAGAUUUCAGCGACGAGGAGAGUGCCCCUGUCGAUGUCGAUGUCACAGAACCACGCAUUUCAGGUGUGCUCGGCCAUCACCACUCAUUCACAUCCUCGAAGAGCUGA